CCAAGUUCUGGUGGUGCAUGCGCCAUGACCAAGCGGAGGCACGAUAACUGGCGGUACUUCGAGAAGCAGCACGAUUUGCCGCGCAACCACCAGUGGUGGAAGAUCCGGUGCAAGGCAUGUAUUGAAGCCUACCAGAACAUGGGCUUGGAUGGGUACGGCGCCGUGUCGGAGCCCGAAACGCUUGAAUCCCGGCCGGCGAAGAUGGCCAAGCACGUCGAGGAGUGCCGUCACAUCGCUGCCCAGCUCGAUCGACAACGUGUACGACAAGAAGAGCGCGCGGACGCCGAGCAGACCGCGCGAGAAGAGCACGAACAGCCUCGUACCUCGAUUCGCCCACACGUCGAGCAUGUUGCAGCGGCGCCCAUCAAAACCCGUCCGCUAGUCGACUCCAAGAUUUCGCCUUACUUUGACCGCGAUCUCUCUCGGCAUGAAGUCGAGACCUUCCACCGCCUGCUCCUCGAUGUCACGGUCGAUGCCAACAUCCCCAUGUCGUGGGUCGGCUUUGUCGGCAUCCUUGGCUCUUCACAUGACGGCACCUGGGUUGUGCGCGGAGACAAGCUCAGUGCCCGACAGUCGGCUGCAUGGCGAACGUUGGAGGCCCACUUGAAGACUCUUGGGCAAGCCGAAGCCAUUGAGGCCCUGGACACCGUCCGUCGCUCGAUCAAAGACGAUAGUGAAGCACUUGCCCAACAGGUGCGGGAGAUUAACAAGAACAAGCGCCUGAAGGGCAUGAACUCUGCGUCAUCCGAAGCCUCCACGGCCCCAGCGGCGCGCUCCACGGCCGCGGCCGCGUCCUCCAAGCCCUUCGUCGCGUCGAAGGACGACUCGAAGCCCAAGAGAGCCCUUCGAACGCCCCAGAAGACGCUCAUCAUGGACUUGGACGCGCCCAUCAAGUCGGCUGCACCGAUGCCGCAGUCUUUUGAAUCGCCCGGCCCUGCGGUCGCGCCGAUGGCAGGGGCGACGCACGCGCAUCAAGUCAACUCGACCCCGCCAACGCCGAUGAGAGCCGCGACGCCUCAGUCACUGCCGCCGCGGACGCCAAUCAGAGCCACGACACGCACGCCUCAGUCGAUGCCGCCGCCUCAUCGGGAGGCCGUGCCAAGCUACCUCGACGACGAUCUGCCCGGCCCCUUGCCGCUCUCGCAGAGUACGGGGUCGAGUGAGUCUUCACAAGAAAUCAACAUGCCGCUGUCGGCGCGCAGUCCUGUGCCGAUGAGCGUGCGUGCCUCGGUACCGCCGACUCCCGCACCAGCGCUUCCGGCGCCAGCGACUCUGGACACUCUGCAGACGGCCAUGAUGGCGUCCGAAAAGAAGAUCCUGGCCUGCAUCGACGCUCGAAUCAAUCGCAUGGACAAGGAAGUCCAGGCUCGAUUCAAUCGCAUGAACAAGGAAGUCCAAGCGAUUCGUCGCCGGGUCGACGGCGGCGGCAUUGAGGAGCAUAUCGAGCGCGUCGCGCUCGACGAGCGCCCCAACAGCAACAAUGACGUGCAGCAAGACGCUGCCACGGACAUUCUCAGAACCUUUUUGGCCGACAUGAAGGCUUCGUUGGCCGAUAACGAGGCCAAGGUCGACAUUGCUGCGAUCCGCCAUAGUUUGGCCGACUUGAGCGACCAAUUACAAGCCGCCGACGUCGCGUCGCGCGCCGCCAACAUCGAGUCGCGCACCGCUAUACUCGAGCGCCUGGACGGCGUUUCCCAGGAGCUCGAGGCCGCGCGUCGUGCGACAGCGAAAACGAUUCUCGAGUCCAAGCGCCUUGAGAUGCCGACGUCGUUCAUAUUUACCGAGCACCGCAUCGACCCCAACAAUCCCGUGCUUCAGGAGUCGUCGGAGAAGUUCCUGGCCGGCGAAUGCGGCGGGUUUCUCUACAUUGUCGACGAGCGAACGGGUUUGCCUGUCCUUGACAAAGCAUCCAAGACUUACCCGAUGCCGAUCACGCCACCGUCUAGCGAGCGCCUCAAAUUCAUCUGCAGCCUUCUGGGCCCGUGCGAGUGCGGCGUCAAGUUCAUGAAGGCGGCGAAAACGGUGGCGAACGUGGUGCCAGGACUUGGUGUCCUAGUUCCCAUCCUCGAGACUGCGCUGAAUGGCCUCAAGGCGGCAGUGAAGGACUUGCAGUUCAACAAGGACGAGCUCAGUCGUACGUUUGUCGAAUUCGUGCGAAAGGGAGACCCCGAAGGCAACUAUGACGGCGUCGUGCAGCACGCCCGUGACGACGGCACAGUCAUGUGGGCGCGGCCACUGGACGUCCAAGCGACGCACAUCGCCAACGAGCCCGCGGCGCCCGGCCCCAACGACGCCUGAAUGCUUGCUUUCACCAAUUCGGCUAGUUGGCUUGCGUAAUGAAGUAAUGCAAU